AUGGAGGGAGGGGGUCGGGUUGGGGAGGUGCACAUCCCCUGUGCCUUUACAUAACAGCAGUUGGCUCACAAAUCAAAUGAGUGCCAAACCGCUGACCGCAACACAACCGGCAGCAGCGUCCGUCCUGCUGCGUGCCGCAGUGCCCGGUGUCCAGGAUAGAGGAGGGGGAGGCCGAGCGCUCCGGGCUGUGCGUCACGUCAAGGAUACAGUUAGCGGGGAAACGUUAGUUUCCCAGCCAUACCUGUCGCUGUCCGGUUGGCGCUGUUACCUGGCGAGUGUGUGUGUGUCUUUGUGUGUGUGAGAGAGAUGGAGGGCCAGAGGAAGGCGGAGCCGUUCGGACAUGAGUAAAUGACGUCAGCUCCCAGGUUGCCGAGCAGAGAAACAAACAUGGCGACAGAAUGGAGCGGGCAGCAGGGUUACGUUCUCACUGUCAUUAUCUGCCUAUGGAGCGCGGUCGGCGGCCGGUCGGAGACCGCAGCGGCGGCUGGAUCCGCCCGGGUCAGCGGCGGGACUCAGGUCCUUGGCAUGCGGCUCGAGCGAAGCGACAAGCCGUCCAGUACCAAUGACGACGGUGUCAUCCAGGUGACCGAGGAGAGCACCGUGCAGCUCCGGUUUUACGGGUUGCAGCUCCACUCGGGCGCCUGGACGCUGAUCCGCUUCACGGAGCUGGCGGACGGCGGCGGCGGGGACGAGGAGGAGGAGGAUGAGCGGGAAGAGGCUGUCGCGGCGGCCAGGGGAGGCAGCGGUAUGAUGGACACGCCGGACAGGACUUGUGUUGACUUCACGAAAGACAUCAAAAUCGAGAACUACAUGAACGUGACCAGCCGGGGCACGUCCGGGGUGCUCAGCGUGCACGUUAAGCCGCUGCGCAAAAGCGAGCCGCAGAAGGAGUAUGCUCUAUGCACGCUGAGCGAGGAUGGCACCAGGUGGGUGCUGCUGGGGGAGAGUGAUGGCAGAUUGCUGGUGGUGGAGGAGAAGAAGUCACUCCUGCCCAUGUGGCUGCAGGCGAUCCUGAUUUCCUGCCUGUUGGUGCUGUCCGGGAUGUUUAGCGGCUUGAACCUCGGCCUUAUGGCGCUGGACCCCAUGGAGCUGCGCAUCGUCCAAAGCUGCGGCACCGACAAGGAGAAGAAGUACGCGAGGAAGAUUGAGCCAAUCCGCAGCAAGGGGAACUACCUGCUGUGCUCCCUCCUGCUGGGCAAUGUGCUGGUGAACACCACCCUCACCAUCCUCCUGGAUGACCUGAUCGGGUCCGGCCUGGGCGCGGUGGUGGCUUCCACCAUCGGCAUUGUGAUCUUCGGGGAGAUCGUCCCCCAGGCACUGUGCUCCCGCCACGGACUGGCCGUGGGAGCCAACACCAUCACGGUCACCAAGCUCUUCAUGCUCCUCACUUUCCCGCUCUCCUUCCCGGUCAGCAAGCUCUUGGACGUCCUGCUGGGCCAGGAGAUCGGGACCGUGUACAACCGAGAGAAGCUGGUGGGGAUGCUCAGGGUGACGGAGCCCUACAACGACCUGGAUAAAGAGGAGCUGAACAUGAUCCAGGGAGCCCUGGAGCUCAGGACCAAAACGGUCGAGGACGUGAUGACGCCCCUGGGGAACUGCUUCAUGAUCCAGGCAGACGCCGUGCUGGACUUCAACACCAUGUCGGAGAUCAUGGAGAGCGGCUACACCCGCAUCCCCGUGUACGACGAGGAGAGGUCCAACAUCGUGGACAUCCUGUACGUCAAGGACCUGGCGUUCGUAGACCCAGACGACUGCAGCAACCUGAAGACCAUCACCAAGUUCUACAACCACCCGGUGCAUUUUGUGUUUCACGACACCAAGCUGGAUGCCAUGCUGGAGGAGUUCAAGAAAGGUAAAUCCCACCUGGCUAUUGUCCAAAAGGUGAACAACGAGGGGGAGGGAGAUCCUUUCUACGAGGUGCUGGGGCUGGUCACCUUGGAGGACGUCAUCGAGGAGAUCAUCAAGUCUGAAAUCUUGGACGAGUCUGACCUCUACACUGACAACAGAAACAAGAAGAAGGUGGAUCCCAACAAAAACAAGCGGGAUUUCUCUGCCUUCAAGUAUGAGGGCGACAGUAAAGUGAAGAUCACCCCCCAGCUCAUGCUGGCUGCGCAUCGUUUCUUAGCCACAGAGGUGAACUUGUUCACCCCGUUCCAAAUCACAGAGAAGGUCUUGCUGAGGAUCCUCAGGCACCCAGAAGUCAUUCAGGAGCUCAAGUUUAACGAAAAUGACAAACGAUCUCUUCAGCACUUCCUUUACCAGAAGGGCAAACCUGUUGACUACUUUGUACUUCUCCUGCAGGGACGGGUGGAGGUGGAAGCUGGAAAUGAGAACAUGAAGUUUGAGACUGGCCCGUUCUCUUACUAUGGAGUCAUGGCUCUGAGCGCGCCAUCUCUGGAGUUUCGUUCUCCGUCACACGGGGGCAACCUGAACCGCUCGGCCUCUCUGAGCUGCACAGAGCGUGCUCAGGAGAGCGGCUCUAUCAGCGGAAGCAACACCCAGAUUCCAGGAACCCCGUUCCAGUACAUCCCAGACUUCAGCGUUCGAGCUCUCUCAGAUCUUCAGUAUGUCAAGGUCACCCGUGCUCACUACCAGAAUGCUCUCUUGGCAUCCAGGUUGGACAGUACGCCACAGUCUCCAGAGGGCAGCCACGCCCGCUUGGACAUAUCCAUUUCCUUGCCUCCCUUGACGCCACCAGAACCAAAAACCCCGCUGGCUCUAGCCACGCCUCCUGUAAAGCACCCGUCGUCCAGCGCACAGCCCACACCCCAGAGCACUCGCGCCACCUUCAUCACAGGGUCCACCGGCCGCAGGCCGAGCCAAGUUUUACCCCAAGCCACACCGCCUCCCAGCAACCACACCCCUCUCUCGUCUGUGAGCACAGCGCCAUGUGCUCUGAAUCCUGCUGUGAGCUCAUCCCUUUCUUCUAAAUCUCAGCAUUCCUCACCCUCUGAUGGCCUGGACAACGGUCCCGGAGAGACCACCACUCUGCUCAGUGAGCAGCCGAACUGCGUGGGCCCCCGCCGGCCCAGUUACACCCAGCCAUCCCAACAUGUUCACACUAUCAGUCACGCACACACUGAAAGCACCAUAUAACUCCGGUCCUUUUAGAGUGCUAUGUGUUCAAUCCCUUGCACUACUUCCUGCUCCUGUUGGAUGCUUCUGUCCUAAACAGCAAUCUUUCUAAAGGAACCAACAAUGGAUCAGCACAUCUCUAUCCUCUAUCCUCUUCUUGCAUGUUCCCAUCCCCACACUGACAAAAGGCCAAGAACAGCUUACAGAGUGGGAACAAGAAACCGCAGUGAAUACAAGAGAUACGUUAGAGGAUGUUUUCUUAACCUGCCCAACCAAAAAUAAUCUACCUUUGCAUUUAGUUUUAUCUGCAGGUGAUGGCGUGUCUGCCUGUGCCUGGGUACAUCUGAGGUAAAUGGAAGAGAGAUUUAGUUGCUCAUUUUUGGAGGUUGCACAUUUGUUGAUGUUCAUAUGACAACAGACGAUUGUGGUCUACACUGCCCCCUCUGGUAUCAUAUUGUAUUGCAUUUCCUAAAUACAAAUUCAAUCAAGAGACCACCCUAUUUCCUCAAUUUUAAAGGAUUUGUUGAGGUUUAAAUCUCAACCAAAGUAAAACCCAACACCUCCAUAUACAUCCAGCUGUGUUAGUUUCAUCCCUGUAGCUUUCUACAAGUAUGAUCGUCACCUCCUUACAGUCUGAUAAGCUGUAGAUUUUAUCCAGCUUAGACACAGAAACCUAGCACCAUCAUGCUGAAUGUUUUAAAGUGACAGGGAUGCUUUUAACAAACAGCUUAUGCAUCAACCAAUGCAGUUCUCCCCCUGUGUAGUUUUCGUGUGCAUUCAAGGUAAUAAAGUCUUUAUCCACUAUGGGGCAGAUUAUGAUUUCAGGAGCCGAGGUUCAAAAUGUCACAACUCAAUACAUUUCAUUAAAUAAAUAUCUAUAUGUGAUUACUUAAAAAAAUGUGAAAAUCGAUACAUUAAAAAGUUAAAAUAUGUAUUUAUAAAUACAUACUUUUAUAAAAAGUACUAUUUGUUAAAUACAUGGGUAAAUGUGUAAGAAUGUAUUAAAAUGUAGUAAUAUUUAAUAUCUAUGAACAAGUAUAUAUAUAUAUUUCUGUAAGGAAUUAAUUUGUUUUAUAGUCCCUUGUGUUGCAGGACAUCAUUAAUUUAUUUUAUCUGUCAGCAUCAAAUUCAGGGGGAGGGAGUAAUACUGAUAUGAGCAAACUUAUUGGGUUGUGGUUUAGUGGAUGUAAGGGUUAACCAAUCAGACAUUAGGGUCUAUUUAAAGGGUCACACUGGUGGUUAAAGCGUUUAAAGAUUAACUGUAACACCCGAAAAAGGGAAAUAAACACCAAAAUAAUUAUUUGUUUUCUGAACACUCAAAGAAUUUAUGUUUUAGUUUAUUAUUUCCACAUUUAUUUACAUUUUUAAAAUAAGUUAUUCACACAUUAAUAUAACAAUAAAUUUAUUUAAUAUAAUUUAAUUUAUAUGGUCACCUAUAUAAAUGUUUUAAAAAUAAUUAUUUAUGAAUUGUGUUACUACUGGCCCCUUGACAUUCAUGUACCCUGUUCUUCUCUUCCAUAAGCCUUUCACUGUCAAAUCAGCGUUUGUUUUUCUUAUUUUUGUCAUAUUAUUUCCAGUUUGUCUUGGACAGAUUGAACAGAGCGGCACAAGUUACUCCAUUUACCUCCACUGUACUUUGGUUGCGCAGAUAUAUAUAUAUAUAUAUAUAUAUAUAUAUAUAUAUUAUACACAUUUAUUACCCUUUGCAGAUAAAACGUAUGCAUUACUGUCCACAGGGAGAAUCCAUGACUGCUGGAGAUGUUUUUAAGUAGUUUGCAUUUAUUUAUUUUUUCCUUAUUUGUUCCAAAGAUUGAAGCUCCCAAAGUUAAAGGGUUAACAAUGGUAGUUUCAUUUACAAUAUGCGUGAGUUCAGGUGGGUCUCUUGUCAUAGUUUGUCUGUUUGACUGUAUUUUGUUGUCUGACAUCUUGUUUUAAAGAGCCAUAAAAACAAACGUCUGUGUCAAUUUAACUACCAGCAAAGUGACCAGAUUCACUGUACCUGACGGCUCCUGCAGCAGGAGGUGAAGCAUAAUGCAUCACACCGCCAAGGCUGCAUGUUUAAACCCAUAGGAAGUCGGAUAAAGGCACACCUCCUGAACAUUCAAGCUGUUAGUUUCAUUCAUUCUUUUAAAGUACAAGUAUUCAGAUAAACUAAGACAUUGAGCAAGAUGCUUUUACCUUUGAAACAGAAAAUUGAAAAGCAAACAGAUUCACGAACCACCCUUUAAAUUGAUCUUUUGACCCUUACUGAAUAUAUAUAUAUAUAUAAAAUAAUUUCUGUAAAAAAUGCAACAUUAAAAUCUAUAUUUUAUUGUUAA